AUGCUCGCGAGGAGUGGCACAGACGCAGAGGCCACCCCAGAACAGAGCCAAGGGGACCAGGUAAAUUUGCGGUUCCACGUCCACGGGGAUCAACCUACAAGCUGCGAAGCAGCUGAGUUAUGGAGGCUCGUGCGAAAAGAGAAGCAGCUCGAGGAAGGAUAUCGAGCAUUAUAUUGGUUUGCGAACCAACAGCAGGUGGGGUCAGAGACACCCUAUUCCUGGAAAGGGACUAUCUCGGCAGCAGCGGCCUACUAUGGGAGGUGUUUGCAUAAAAGCAAGACUUUGGCAUUCCUGAAGGAUAUAGGUUUUGGGACAUCCAAGACAAGAGGCAGGAGAAACUGCAGCCCCUCGGAGGUACUAGCCCUAGGUCAAAAUCUUAAUUGGCUAGUGUACCAGGAGUGGUACUGUGACGGACCCCCUGGCACCUCGACUGGGUACCUCCGUCAAUCGCUGCUUCCUAGUACUUGCGAGCACCAUAAGCACUGUACUGGAACACCAUAACCUUUGUAAACCCCAUGAACUGCCGCAGCUUGGUUGGGGUCUCGCUGUCCUCCACCCACAAUCCCUCCCCUCUGCUUGGGAUAUAAUUGGAUCAGUAACUGCACUAAUUCUAAUCCAAUUAUCUCCAAGCACAGAAAAAACACUUUUUUAAAACAUCCCAAAAGUACCCUAAAAAUACAUAAAACCUCACAAAUGUUACAUCCCCUGAUAGCCUGAUCUGGGUGACCAACAUAUCCAAAAAUAACCCAGAUCAGUUCAGGGGUUCAAGAAGACUAUGGAAGUCUUAUUUUUGACCGACCGUGCACAUGGUCCCAUGCCCAAAACAGUUCCAGAGAAUUAGUGCUAAGGGUCGGUCUCAAAAGUACAUAUUUCACAUAAACAGAGUCUUUUAAAGUAUUUUAGCCAGGUCCAUUGCAGGUGCCAUAGUAACAGGGUAAGAGGCUGUUCAGCAGGCUCCUCCAAGAACCAGUGACGACGUUCCACGGGAAUACAAGGAGUCUGGAGACAGGACACCUGAAGCUGACGAGGCAGAUGGAACCGUAGCUUUUGUAAAUGGAGAGCUGGAAGGCUGGGUGGAUGACCCGGACCCGCAAUACCCAGGGUUAGAGAUCCUAGCUGCUGUACCACCUACCUCACAACCAACUCCAGAAAUAGGAGAUCUAAUAGACUGUAGACUGGUCCUGGGAAGACAUCAAGUUGGCAGGUGUGGAGUUUACUUAUAUACAAAUACCUAGGUGUGUCUAAUAAAAGUGAGUUCCUGUUCAAUCCUCAAGCUGUUUCUGUCUGCUGUUCUUAGGGGAGAGGUGUUAGCAGACUGAGUCUUCGUGAACGGGCUAACAUCUGUGGUUUGGCGGUGGGAGGAAGUUGGGGCACAGGGAAGUUUGGCGGGUGUGUUCAGUUGGGGGCACAGGGGACCCAUCACACUGGUGACCAGCGGUGAUCAGCCGCCUUCCCAGAUCCCCAGUGGCAGAGUCCAGUCCAGGAAGAGGAUGCAGACAGCAUCUCUCCCCAAUAGCAGUGUAAACGCCUGGGAGAAGAGGGUGUUGUCCCUCCUCAGCAACAGCGUGAGUACAAG